CCUCUCCCCAUUCUCAACCUGGUGAGCGGCGAUGCGGCCGAGGGCAACACCCACCAGCGACGGAGCGGCUGUGCAGUGUGCGGCGGAGGGGGAGGGCAGCGGCGCCGGAGCGGGUGGCCACCGGCGGCGGCACGGGUGGGCAGCACGCCGCAGAGGGCUAUGGCCGGCGGCGGCAGGAAGAUCUACAGGCUAUGCCAGCCCGUAGACCUGGCGAGGACCACGAGUCCCCCCCAACUCGAUCUGGCGAGCAGCGGAGCAUUACCCCUCCUCCCUCGAUGGUGUGCAGGAAGCGGUCGGAGCAUGCCCGGCUGCAACCCAUAGACAAGGAUGGCAAGUUCUGCAGCGCUUCCCCCUCCUUGGGCAGAAGGGUGAAGCGCUCCGCUCGGGAUGAAGCGUGCCGCACUUCCCCCUCCUCCGGCGGUGUGGGGAGGACGGGCAGUCGGAAGAGCGAGAGCGAGAGCGAUGGCAACUCCGAUGCGGUCGCGAUUCCAGUUGUCGUCCUCGACGACUCGGACUCCGGCGAUGACCGCGACUCGGAUUUGGUGAUUACCUCAAGCAGCAAGGAAGAUAAGGUAAGGCUAACCUCGCGCAAUUUCAGGUCCAAGCAGAAGAAGAAGGUAUCGACAACUCUUGGCAAAUCCUCCUCGGCGACCUCUAAGAAGAAGAAGGAGGAGGUGACCUCUCAAGGAGAAAUUAGGAAAAUCUGGAAGUUGCAGAGCAAGAUGGAUGCAAAAGAAGUGAAGAUCAGUGGACUUGUUGAUACCCUGGAAAAAGAAAAAGCAGCAAAGUUGUCACUUGAACGUCAACUUGCAGCCACACAGAAGAAGGCAUUCGAGAAGUGCCGGAUUCUAGUCUACUGGCCUGUCACCAAAAUGGUAGCACCAGAAAGGAGCACCAACUGAUCCAUCACACAAGAAGGCUUUGGUUUUGGUUUUGCUUUGCAUGAGAAGGGAUCUUCUGUGUGAUCAUGUCCCUGCUAGUCAAGUACUAUGUGUCCUGUAGGUGCUCAUCUCAAGUAGAAUUGUGUCCUUGCUAGUCAACUAGUAUUAUGUGAGCUGGUGUUGUAUGUGCUCAUCUCUAGGGGUAUUAUGUGUCAAGUACUAUGUGUUACUUAUGCUCUGUGAUAUAAAUGUACUAUGAUAUUAUGUUCUGUGAUAUAAAUGUGUUACUUAUCCAAUCA